AUGUCGUCUUUUCCUCCAGGUUCUGGCAAUCAGCACGGAUCGCCGGGAAAUUAUAAAUGUGACCUGUGCGACCGCUAUUAUUUCCUCCUCUCUAAUCUCCGCAGCCACGUGAUAGCUGUGCAUAAUGGUGGGUUCUUGCUGCUCUGGUGGCUGUUUGUUCUUUGAUGAGUUGGCACACGCUAACCAUCUCUCAUUCAUGCCUUCCACCCACUGCAGCUGACCCCAGAUCCUGUAGCCAGGGCAGCGAAAUGCAAAAUCUACCCAGUCUGCAAUGCCGGAUGUGCCCCCGGAGCUUCACAACUUAUAGCAACCUCCGACGGCAUCUGUUUACCGUGCACAAAGGUACCUACGCUUUAGAGUCCUGUCCGCAAAUAUUUCACCGGUUCCUAUGAUGUGCUGUUCGAGACGUCUUACCGGGCGGAGACCGGGGAAAUUAGAUUGGCCAUUUUUAGACAUAUUUUGUCUUCGACAGCUCCCAAUUCUACAGGCCGGAAAGACCGACAGUUCAAAUCUGGGUUCGGUUGGUCGUUGACCCAGCGGAUCACGUCCAGUUGGCAGUGAUUGGGACUAUUAGAAGUCAUUUAAUUGUGGGAUUCGCUGAUUUAUUCAACAGAGAAUACAGAAGCUCCUUUUUGCUAUCCAAAUCGACAAUUCUUCUGCAAUUUUUUGCGGAGAUAUCGGUUCGGCCGGCCUCACAGGCGCAAGUGUCGAAAUUUUCACAUCACCCAUAUGAAUCAAAGGCUGCUAAAUAGACUAUAAAAUUAAAACUCGUAGAUCGCACUGGAUUAGAAGCUGUCUUAAAAGAAAGUAAAGUAUUCUGAGAAAGUCUGACCCGAAUGAUCACUUAGUUCGUUGCAGAUAGAAGUCAAAACUCUGUUUAAUCUAACGUCCCCUCUUGCCUAUUACAGUUUUUUAAAGAUAGGAAUCUGCCCAUCGGAGUGCUUUGUUCGCCCGUAGACCUUUAAUAUUAUUUCUCGCUUUUCAAGAGGGCACACGUAAUAAAUAGGUACCUGUGUUAAGCAGAAGCGCUCCAGCACAGAUUUUACAUGUGAGUGUCACCUUUCCAGCGCCCAAGGGUACCAAAGUCCUGCCAGGAGGUGAGAACGGUGAGAGGAGGAGGGGGAAGCCAAGGAAGGAGAGACUAAAAGUGGAGAAGGCAAAGAAGAUUCGAGAGAAGGUGCAGAAGCCAAAAAGGAAAGAAGUUCCUUGCCCGCCUCCGUUAACCUGCACCAUCUGCGGCAUUACCCUCGAGUCGGUUGGCCUUCUAGUCGAACACACCACUCUUGUCCACACAGGUAGGCACCCCAUUAAACUUCUCGUUUUCAAAUGGCCUCUAAAACGGACUGUUGUUGCGACAAAUCGAACAGCUGUAGGGCAUGCAGUAGACGGAGUUUUUUUCACGUCAACCACUGCGCUCAAUCCAUCCUCCAAAUUUGGCACCGUUUCGAAGCAGGAGAAGCAAUGGAUGGACGGCUCUGUCGUACUCUCCUCAGUAUAAUAAAUUAGGAAGGCCUUUGGACUAUCAUGGCACACCGAAAGUCUUGCCUUAGAAUAUUUCCAAAUAGCAGGACUAUUCGGUCUCCCUCCGGACCGAGGGUCGGGCAACAACAGCUGCUCAGCAUGGCCUUCAUGACAAAUUUCACCGAUGUUGAUAGAGUCUGGUUCGUGACAGUUGAGGGUCCAACACGUGUUAGCAGGCUAGCCACUGUACCCAGACCCAGCGUCAGUCGUAUCAGUUUCUACCAUUGGAACACUAUAGGCGCACAUGAUCCAGAUUGCACCCCAAUCACCACUACCUCUUUUCGAUAUACUGUUCGUCCUCUUUGAGUUCAACAGGUGGCCAGUCAACAUCCACAUUUAGUUAUCUGUUAAACGACCAAUCCGGCACCACUCCGAAACCUAAGGUGCCGGAGCCUGCCUAAUGUUUUUUUUGGAGUUUGGUGAGCAGUGCGCCAAGUUAUGUAAAGCUGUGAUGUGUGAACGCUACAAACUCAUGGCAACAUCCCCUAGGCAACGGGGAAAGCUCCGCCUUGACUUCUUUUGAUGACGGCAUCUUAUUCGUAUUCAUGGUUUUACGUCGACACUCGCUUUAUGGAAUGUAAGCCAGUUCGGAAAUACCGAGUUUGCCGGGAAGGAGCAGGUUUUUCACAACGACACCCGACCAGCUGACCAGUCAGUUUAACCAUUCUCAGUCUUAAGACUAGAAUGUUUAUCAACCUCGCCGUUUUAACACCUGGUUGCCACCUUUCGAAACGUACAACCACGUGUUUCGGCGUACAGUUCUGGGGCAUAAAGUUGGCUUGACAUCAUGUCGACACCACAAAAAGUAAAAGCCCCCGUCACUACGGUGCUAAACGAUUGAGCUGGUUCCCAGCAGUUGAGCCAAGUCUUUUACUACCGUAAAGGUUUUGUGCUACAACGAGUUAUGUACAGUAGAUGUGCCAACUCAUGAAAUGUCAACCAAAAUUUCGAAAUGCGUUCUCGUUUCGAAAAGAUAAAUUAAGUAGUGUUGUAAAAAUAAUCAUGAUGCAGCAUAAAUCUAUAAUGAUCCAAUUACCUCAGGGUGUCGGCUUUCGAAAGCACUUAUUUUCGGCUGCAUGCAAGAUCAAUGCUCUGCAAAAAAUGACUACUUAAGUAGUAUGCAAUUUUCUCAUUUAUUUUCGAUGCCCUUGAAAAUUCAAUUAUAUUUCAUGGAAACCAUGCAUGAAAAUAUUCAUUCUUUUACUUAUUCGGUAGAAAAUCACGUCUUCUUCCAAUUUCAUACUCAAAAGUAGAGUAUAAUUCGGUUUUAAAAAAGUUUCUAAUUGUGAGAUUUUUUAAUACCGUUAAGUGGCCGUUCAUGAAACGUCAUGUGUCUGCAUUUACGAAUGUGGCUUGUAAAGUUAACAGUAUUGCUCAAAUCCACUGCUUAAUUUUAUGAACCUCAUAUGGUCUCCUCUUAACACCGUAGAGAAAUGUAUGGUUUUCCGUACACGGAACAUAUACAGCUUGUAGUUUUGAAACCCUGAAUGCAAGUGUAACAGCAGGUCGGGUUCAAAAUUAUUCGGGAAUUAGAAAGGUUUUUUAAAACCGAAUUAUACUCUUCUUUUGAGUAUGAAAUUGAAAGAAGACGUGAUUUUCUACCGAAUAAGUAAAAGAAUGAAUAUUUUCAUGCACAUUUUCCAUGAAAUAUAAUUGAAUUUUCAAGGGCAUCGAAAAUCAAUGAGAAAAUUGCAUGCUACUUAAGUGGUCAUUUUUUGCAGAGUAUAGAUCUUGCAUGCAGCCGAAAAUAAGUUCUUUCGAAAGCCGACACCCUGAGGUAACUGGAUCAUUAUAGAUUUAUGCUGCAUCAUGAUUAUUUUUACAACACUACUUAAGUUAUCUUUUCGAAACGAGAACGCAUUUCGAAAUUUUGGUUGACAUUUCAUGAGUUAGCACAUCUUCUGUAUAGGCUUUUAGCUGGCGAGGUAUUGUACAUUUGGAUUUUAAUCUAUGCCGUCCGUCUUGAUAUGAACUUCGAGAAGAUCUAUGCUUAUUGUUUUAAACCUGCUUACUUUAAAGCGUUGUUUCGCUCUUUAAUUUUUAGUUCAAUUAAGGUCAGCGGAGCGCACCACGGUGGCCAAAGAUGACACCCGCUAUUACUCAUGCACCCUGUGCAGCAGAGCCUACACGGACUUGUCUAAGCUGCGGAGACAUCAGGCCUUUGACCAUCGAGGUACUAAUGUGUUCAGAUUUAAACGAUGCCCAAUUAUCUUUCCUUCGUACAACCAGCUUUUGCCUUGGAUUUUGUGCAUCCGCGAGACUGCGACUAACGCCUCCAUUCACGCCUUUAGAAUUGCUGCGACAUCGUCAAGGCUGCCGAUGGCACCUUGUCUGGCGCGAAGACUGCCCUCGCGGUCUCCUUACACUCCUUUCUGCUUGGUGCUGUUUAAAACCUUGAACGUUGCCCUCACGUCUGCACCGGUGUUUAAUCAGUCUAGUCCGUACCAUAAUACUUUCUCCUACCACCACCUCAAUCGGAAUUGCAAAUGCGCCAGGUGCCGGGAUGCGUGACAUCCUGACAGAAAUCAUUCGGUACGCCUUUAAAUGAGGUGGUUAAAAGAUGGGUUAGAUUAAAACAACAUUCGAAACGUGAAAUUUCCUACGAAAGUAGUAUGGGAUAUGCUUUCUACUAGAUAUAAUUUACUUUGUACAUAUUUAGGGGGCCAAGUACUUCAGUGGUGAUGCAUGUGUGAAUGCAAAUUACACAGGUAACCACAAAGACGUAUAAUUAUGAGCCAGUACGUAAAAAUACACCUAGGACUACUUUCCAUGCUAGUCGGUCUUGCGGCUUCACCAAAGUAGUAACUUCCGCCCAGGAAAAGUACUUUAAGUGUCAUUCAGUUUUGUGAGUCUUAGCGCAGUGUCAUGCCCUCCUCGGCGUCUUUUCUGAAAAAAUGACCGUGUUCUCCCUCUACCUCCCUUCCUAGAUACAUAUCCUCGAAAGCGUGUAAAAGCCAUGGUUGACAAUGCAGACGACCGGCAAGUCCUCCAGAACGCCGUCAUUUACCCCUUUGAAAUCGUCGAGUUGCCGGUCGAUAUAGACGAUUCGAUGGGCGCUGUAUAG